GUUUAAUCCUCUUGCUUUUUGACGGACACCUGUCCUUUUAAUAUUGUAACCCAACCACGACGAUAUCGAGACACGUUUACCACCGCGAUAGCGCGAUAUCGUCAAUAUCGUUACAUCCCUAUGUAACACACAACAAAAUGGACAACGUAACCAUUAAUGUGUUAGACAGCAAAGGUAAUGUUGUCAUGCUAACAGUUUCCAAUGACAUCGCUGAAAGGAUGAAGAAUGAUCAAAUGUUCCAUUCUUCUGUCAUGGAGCAAGUAUCAGCUGUUGAAACAAAAGCUCUCCUCAGUGGCCCAGCUUGUGCUGCAAAGCUCCUCCAACCUCCUAUUCCAUGUCUCACUACCUCCACUAGGUCGCUGGUACCCCUAAACCUCAGUUUUGUGAAACCACCAUCAACCAGCCAGUGCCCCAAUACUACAACUAGGCCCUCUGUACCACCUCCACCAUCAACCAGCCAGUACCCGAUUACUACCACUAGGCCCCCUGUACCACCUCCACCAUCAACCAGCCAGUACCUGAUUACUACCACUAGGCCCCCUGUAAUACUACUUACCUCCACUGUCAAGGACCCACCGCCUGCCACUCUGCAACCUGGUGCAGUGUGUGGAAACCCUUCAGCAUCCAUUCAACCUUCAUCCCCUCCUUCCAGUCAGACAGGCAUGAAUCUCAAGAAAUAACACAUCAAAUGACACUAUUUCUACUGGACCUUACAAAAACUCACCAGCAACUUUAUUUUAGGAACAAAAUGGCGUUCUAUAAAAAAAAUACAAAACUCAUUCUCACAAAAGGGCUACAACUUGUCAAGUGA